AUGACAACAGCAGUAGUCACUGGCGCCACCGGCCUCACCGGCUCUGCCAUCGUCGACGCCCUCCUCAAAGACAACCACUACAAACAGAUCUACACCCUCUCACGCUCGCAGCCAUCCACGGCCCAGAACUCCAAAGUUACCCAUGCUCAUUUAGAUCUUCAAUCCUCUGCCUCCGAUAUGUCGAAGGACCUGAGCUCCGUCCAGGGCGACGAGAUUAUCGUCUUUUUUUGCGCGUACCUCGCCAAUCCAGACGAAGCAGAAGCCGCCAAGAUAAACGGCGGGAUGCUGAAGAAUUUCCUGGAAGCGCUAGAACUUACUGGUGCGAUCAAGUCCGUCAAGCGGAUUGUUUUGACGUGUGGAUUGAAGCAGUAUGGCGUCCAUCUCGGCAUGCCGAAACAGCCCAUGCACGAAGACGACUUUAAUGUCUCUCCUGGUUUGCGUCCUGGCGAUAAGUUCUCUUGGCCUGAGAACUUUUACUACACCCAGCAGGAUAUUUUGACUUCUCAUGCGGUCAAGAACGGGUAUAGCUAUGUAACGACCUUUCCGCAGGACGUUUUGGGGUUUGCCAGACAUAAUUUCAUGAAUGAGUGUACGGCGCUCGGUCUGUAUGCUAGUGUCGGUAAACUCGCGCACCCAAACUCUGAAUUGCCGUUCCCUGGAAGUAAGGAGUGUUAUUUGGCGUUCAAUACCUGGACCAGUGCGAAGUUACACGCAAAGUUCUGUCUUUGGGCAGCAAGGGCGCCCAACGCAGCGGAUCAGAUGUUCAACGUGGUCAACGGCGACACGGAGAGCUGGAUGAAUUUGUGGCCAAGAGUCUGUGCCAGGUUUGGAUGUAAAGUUCCCAACAGCAUGUUCCCUGGAGGAAGUGACGGAGAAAGGCCAUGGUGGGGAUUUUCUGCUUCAUCGAGGACGGAGCUGCACUCUCCACCACCCGUCGCCGUACAAGCUACAAGUGACGUUCCAGGAAUCGGCUUCGGUAUGCCAGAGCUUGCAGAGAAGCCGAGCUCGUUGUACAGCCAGAUCGACACCGAGAAGUGGGCGAAGGAUGAGCGUGUAAUUAAGGCGUGGGAGACAUUGAGGGAUAAAUAUGGAUUGGAGCAGAAGGCUUGGGAGAAGGCGACGUGGGGAUUCUUGACGUUUGUAUUAGGCAGGGACUAUAGUAAUGUAGUCAGUAUGAGUAAGGCGAGGAAGAUGGGGUGGAACGGGUAUGAAGAUACCUGGGACGCAUUUGAGGAUGCGUUUAGAGAACUUGAAGCAGAGGGUAUUCUGCCACCAUUGAACAAGUUGAAAGAGGAGAAGUCUUUGGCGUGA